AUGGUUGAUUUACUCACAGAACUUAAACUAGUUUGUAAGCGAAUGGACUUGGUUUGCCAGCGAAUGUUAAAUCAGGGAUUUCUGAAAGUGGAAAGAUACCACAACUUGUGUCAAAAGCAAGUUAAAGCUCAACUUCCAAGACGGGAGUCAGAAAGAAGAAACCAUUCAUUAGCUCGUCAUGCAGACAUCCUUGCUGCUGUAGAAACGAGACUCUCUCUGUUAAAUAUGACUUUCAUGAAGUAUGUGGAUUCCAAUCUCUGUUGCUUCAUUCCUGGAAAGGUAAUAGAUGAAAUUUAUCGUGUGCUAAGGUAUGUAAACUCUACAAGAGCUCCUCAGAGAGCUCAUGAAGUUCUUCAAGAACUAAGGGACAUUUCCUCCAUGGCUAUGGAAUAUUUUGAUGAGAAGAUUGUUCCAAUACUGAAAAGAAAGAUGCCUGGGUCAGAUGUAUCGGGACGUCUGAUAGGAACUGCCCCAGUACUUAGGAAGAGUGAUUCUAAAGAAGCAUGGAAAGUAAAUUCCUGUCUUCCAAAAAUUCCAGGACCUUCUGCAGCACUGACAACAAUGCAGCUCUUCUCCAAGCAGAACCCUUCAAGACAGGAAGUCACCAAACUCCAGCAGCAAGUAAAAGCCAAUGGCACGGGCGUGACAGCACUAAAGCGGGAAAUCUCAGAGCUUCGCCUCAAAGUGCAAGAGCAACAGAAACAACUCCAAGAUCAAGACCAGAAACUGCUAGAGCAAACCCAAAUCAUAGGUGAACAGAAUGCCCGAUUGGCCGAGCUUGAACGCAAGCUGCGAGAGGUGGUGGAGAGUACAGUAGGAAAUUCUUCAGGUUCCGGCUCAAAUGAACAGUCUCCUAGGAAACGGAGGAAGGCGGUUGAAUCCACAGACUGUCCUAGGAAAUCUAAGCGCCUUCGAAACAGAAAAUAACUUGGGAGUAAAUGACGCCUUCAGGAGGAUACACUGCUUUAGUAACCCAAGCAGGUCUGCUUGUUUGGAUACUGUGACUAGCUUCAUGGUGUUGCUUAGGCUGCUGGCUCUUCAAAACACCACUUAGACUCGAACGGUAAUUUUCUUUCAUUGAGACUUUUCCCCUGCUUUCUGUAUGGGUGGGCCUAAUGCACAGAAUCUUUAAGAUUUGCAAUAGUUACAUACUAACCAGACCUGCUCUGUUAUGUUUUGAAGGGUUAAUCUUUCUUCUGUGCAGAUGUGUUUAAAGUAAACUUAUUUGUGUUUAUGCAUAUGUUCACAUAAAAUCUUAAAUAAAUUCAGUCUUAACUGACUAAAAAGUUAAGCGUAAAAACAGAUGUCCUGUUCACUUGAAGGAAAGAUCCACUUUUAAAAUCUUGUUUUAGAGAACUUGACCUUUUUUGUUACAAGUGACCUUGUCUGGAAUGUCUGAAAAGUAGUUAAUACUUUUCGGGGAUCUGUCUGUAAUGAGUAAAACUGACUUCUUAAGCUACGGUAUUGGCUGUAUAUUUUUGUAAACUUAACAAGGAAGGGCCUUUAUCCAGUCUUCACAUGCGCACACCCUGGUUCUAGGUCGUG